AAUGAUAGAAUAUGUAUAACAUUACAAAAAUCAAUGAGCUUUGUUCCUUUGUUUUUGUAUUUACACUACUUGUGUAUACAUCCAUGAUUACAAUGGCCGGAAUCUAUAGUUUUCUGAACGCCAGGGACCUAUGUGAUUUUCCAUAGGCAUUUUCGUACUCUUUUGACUUAUCUUCUUCAUAUGAUAUAUAGUUGAAGAGGGAGCUUGAAGUUUGUGAACUUUGUUAAAGAUGGUGGCUGCAUCAUCAAGGAAAAGGAAGGGGAAGAUUAGAUGGAGCAAACUAUAUUCUUUUGCUGCAUGCUUUCGACCCUUGACAUCCAAAGAACGGCUGGCGGCUCGUGAGCUCAUCGGUCAGCCGGGGUUUUCUCGGGUGGUGUUUUGCAACGAGCCUCACCUACACAAGAGAAAGCCUUACAAAUACCCUUACAACUAUAUAUCCACAACCAAAUACAACGUUCUGACUUUCCUUCCAAGAGCACUUUUUGAGCAGUUUAGAAGAGUAGCCAAUUUCUAUUUUUUAUUGGCAGCAAUUUUCUCACUAUUUUCUUUAGCUCCUUUCUCACGAGCUAGCUUGAUUGCUCCUUUGGUGUUUGUGGUUGGAAUCAGCAUGCUUAAAGAGGCUGUUGAAGAUUGGCAUAGGUUUUUUCAGGAUUUGGAUGUAAACAAUCGAACUGUAAAGACUCAUAUAAGCAACGGGGUGUUUGUAGAUAAGUUGUGGAAAGAACUUCGUGUAGGGGAUGUUGUAAAGGUUAACAAAGGCGAAUACUUUCCGAGUGAUCUUCUUUUGCUGUCUUCCGGCAAUGAAGAUGGUGUUUGUUAUGUGGAAACCAUGAACCUUGAUGGAGAAACGAAUCUGAAGAUCAAAAGAUGCUUGGAAGCCAGUCUUUGUUUGAAUGAGGAUGAAGAAUUCAGUAAAUUUAAGGCCACUGUUCACUGUGAGGAUCCGAAUCCGAACCUUUACACCUUUGUUGGGAACAUAGAGUUCGAGAAGGAAUCGUAUCCUUUGAGCCCUUCUCAAUUGCUUUUACGAGAUUCGAAACUCAGAAACACUGAUUACAUUUAUGGAGUAGUGAUCUUCAGUGGACAUGAUACAAAAGCAGUACGGAACUCGACAAGGUCGCCAUCUAAACGUAGCCGAAUAGAGAGGAAAAUGGAUCAUAUUAUCUACAUUCUUUUCUCAAUGCUUGUUUUGGUUUCCUUGGUUUCCUCCUUUGGAUCUUUAUUGUACUUGAGGCAGGACAUGGUUGAUUGGUGGUACCUUCAAUUGCCAGAUGAUAAUAAAGUCAAUGACCUUGAUGAUUCGAACUCUGAAAAAUAUGAUGAUCGCUUCUUCAAUCCAUCAAAGCCGGUACAAUCAGCUGGUUUACAGUUCAUACGGGCCCUUGUAUUGUAUGGCUACUUAAUCCCCAUUUCUUUAUACGUCUCCAUUGAAGUUGUUAAAGUUUUACAAACAAUGCUUAUCAAUAAAGACAUAGAACUGUAUGAUGAUGUAACAUGCAAGUCAGUUCAAGCUCGGACUUCGAAUUUAAACGAAGAACUCGGCCAGGUAGAAAUGAUACUCUCAGAUAAAACUGGGACUCUGACAUGUAAUCAGAUGGAGUUCAGGAAAUGCUCAAUUGCUGGAGUGUCAUAUGGGGGUGAUAUAACUGAGGUUGACCUUGCUGCAUCAAUGAGAAUGAAUGCUGAUUUUGAACCAUUCGAGUUCAGUAUUGAUGAGACCGAUGGAGCAACCCGAAGCUUUGAACCAUUUGAGUUCUCGGUAUCAAGUUUUAGUGCUCAAAAUGGGAAUGCAAGACUUACAAAAACUGAGGAACCUGUUAUCAAGGGUUUCAACUUUAGAGAUGACAGGCUUACGAACGAGAAUUGGAUCCAUGGAUCCAACUUAUUCGACAUUACAAUGUUCUUUAGAGUCAUGGCUUUGUGUCAUACAGGCAUACCUCUCGAAGAUGAUAAUCAUAAGACGGAUAAGCUAAGUUAUGAAGCAGAAUCACCAGAAGAAGUAUCUUUCCUUAUCGCCUCACAAGAGUUCGGUUUCCAAUUUUGUAGAAGAACUCAAUCAUUGAUGGUUCUUAGGGAGUUUGAUCCUUCCUCUAUGAAGGAAGUUGAGAGGGAAUACAAGCUGCUAAAUCUGUUGGAAUUCAGCAGUUCGCGUAAGAGGAUGUCGGUUAUAGUCAGCAAUGAAGAUGGACAAAAUUUUCUACUUUGCAAAGGUGCAGACAGCAUAAUCUUCGAUAGACUAGCCGAUAACGGAAGGGCAUAUGAGCAAGCAACCACUAUGCAUCUUUCAAGUUACGCAGAAGAUGGUCUUCGCACCCUAGCUUUCGCCUACAGGACAAUUGAGGCAGCUGAGUACGAAAGUUGGAACACAAUAUUUACACAAGCCAAAGCUACCAUUGGUCCUGAAAGAGAAGAACUACUAGAGCAAGCAUCCGAAACGAUAGAAAAGGACUUAAUCUUAUUAGGUGUUGUAGCUGUUGAAGACAAGUUACAAAAAGGGGUUCCAGAGUGCAUAGAUAAACUUGCCCAAGCAGGGUUGAAAAUAUGGCUGCUCACUGGUGACAAGAGGGAGACUGCCAUAAAUAUAGGAUUUGCUUGUAGCUUACUCCGUCAAGAUAUGAAGCAAUUCCAUUUGAGUUUGAGCAGAGAUGCUGAGUCUAAUAACCAAGUAAAGGAUAUGAAAGAAGACAUUUUGCAACAAAUUGAAAGUUCAUACAAAAUGGUCUGUGAAGAAAGAAACAAAGAGGCUCCAUUUGGUCUAGUUAUAGAUGGAAAAGCUCUUGAAAUUGCUUUGAGAGGGGACGUAAAGGAUGAGUUCUUGCAAUUGGCUGUUAACUGUGCUUCUGUCAUAUGCUGUCGAGUGUCCCCAAAACAGAAAGCUCUGAUCACUAGAUUAGUAAAGCAAUAUACUGGCAAAACAACUCUUGCAAUUGGGGAUGGGGCAAAUGAUGUUGGUAUGAUUCAAGAAGCUGAUAUUGGAGUCGGGAUCAGUGGUAUGGAAGGAAUGCAGGCAGUCAUGGCCAGUGACUUUUCGCUACCACAAUUCCGAUUCUUGGAGAGAUUGCUUAUAGUUCAUGGCCAUUGGUGUUAUCAGAGAAUAUCAAAGAUGGUUCUGUAUUUUGUCUACAAGAAUGUUGCUUUUGGCCUCACUCUAUUCUACUAUGAAUUAUACACAAGUUUCUCUGGAGAAGUCUUGUAUGAUGAUUGGUAUAUGACAAUGUUCAAUGUGAUGUUGACAUCCUUGCCUGUCAUAGCAUUAGGAGUCCUCGAGCAAGAUGUUUCAUCGGACAUAUGCUUGCAGUUUCCAGCACUUUAUCAACAAGGGCCAAGGAACGUACACUUCAGCUGGAGCCGCAUUAUCGGGUGGAUAUUAAAUGGCGUGGUUAGUUCUCUAGUCAUCUUCCUGGCAAACAUUUACAUACUCUCCCCAACAGCAAUGCGAGAAAACGGAUUCGUAGCGGAUAUCGAUUCUCUAGGUGCUACAACAUACACCUGCAUAAUAUGGACUGUCAAUUGUCAAAUUGCCCUAAUCACCAGCCAUUUCACUUGGAUCCAACAUCUCUCUAUAUGGGGAAGCAUCCUGUUAUGGUACAUUUUCUUGCUAGUCUAUGGUGCAUUGCCUCCAAAUUUCUCAGGAAAUGCAUUCCAAGUGUUGGUCGAAGGCAUCGGACCGGCACCCUUGUACUGGAUGAUCACGGUGCUCGUGGUCGUCGUGUCUCUCCUACCAUACUUCAUACACAUUGUGAUCCAAAGAUCAUAUUUUCCCAUGGAUGAUCAUAUCAUCCAAGAAAUGGAGCAGUGCUACAAGAAAUAUGAUGUGAGAGAUAAUGAAAUGUGGGUAAGAGAACAAAGGAACUCCCAGAGGUCUACUCGCAUUGGGUUUUCAGCAAGAGUUGAUGCAAAAAUUUUGUCAUUCAACCAACAGUUGCAACAAAAGAAAUUGUCAAUUUAUAGAAGUGUGACAAAUAGCCCCAUAUAUAGAUCAAUAACUACCAGUCCCUUUUCCUAAUACUCUCCUUUUUCCUCAUUCUUUAAUUUCAUUCAGAUAUUGUACAUUAGGAAAUUGCUUAUGUUAUUCAAACUAUUCUACUUGUACUCAAUGCAUCUUUGAAUAUGUGUACAAGAGCAUGGGUGAAAGUUAGAAUUUUGUGUUAA